GCCGAGGGGAGCCGCACUCCUGAUGCCAGCUCCCCGAGGCUGGGUCCUGGUCGCAGCAUCACCCACAGGCAAAUCCUGGCCCCCAGGCUGCUUGCCCAGGACUGGGCAAGCUGGAGGCCUGGGGACCCGGGAGCUUGCGUCAGAACCAAAUUCAGAACAAUUCGAAUUGAUUCAACACAUGAGAUUUUUAUCACGAACCUGAUCAGAUCCGAUCUCC